AUGCAUCUGAAAGAUCUCAGAGUGGAGUUUCAGAAAGAUCUGGAUCUGCCGCCUCAAAUCGGUCGGAAUCUAGGAAAUCUAGAUCGCAAUCAAGAAGUAAGAAAAACUCCUGAUAGUAGAUCAAAUAGCCCCAACCUACAAAUUGAUGCAGGCUCACCAAGUGACCAUGAAGACCAGAAACGUAAAAGAGAUAGUUCAGAAGAAAAAGAAACCAGAAAAAAGACUAAAAUCCUUUCCGAUAGCGAAAAUGAGGGAGAAAAUGAAAAUGGGAAGAGUGAAGAACCUAGUGCUGCAGCACUGUUCGGAGAUGCUGACGAUAUAAGUAGUGAAGAAGAAAAGGAGAAGGAAAAGGCAGUAGAAAAAAAAGACGAUAUGGACAAGGAAGGGGAUAGUGAAAAUGAAGCUCCAGAGAGACGUUCUGAAGAUGAAGAAGAAAAUGAACAAAGAGCUAUAAACGAAGAUGAAGAGGAGAAAGAAGUGGAAAUACCAGAAACGCGAAUCGACGUGGAAAUACCUAAAAUUAGUUGUGAUCUAGGGAGAGACAUACAUUUNUAA